CAGAUAAACAGUGUACAUCAUGGAAUAAGGAUCUAAUUAAGGGUUCAAGACAUUGAAAGUUUUAUUUUGAUAUCACCUUGAAGUAUUAGAAACUUUUCAAAGAGCCUAUUUGAAACAAAAUUGUAACAGCUUCAUUGAAUGGUGAAGGAGAAGAACAGCAUGAAAGGGAACAAGAAAAACUGACAGCAACAUGAACGUCUACAUUUCACAAAACCAGCCAUGGCACAUCAAUGAAGAGACUGGGUACUCUGUCUCCUUAACAUGUGCUACUUGAAAUCAUGCAAGAGUCUGUUGCUUAGGAAUACAUUUUUUGUGGCCAUAGUCUUCAACAGUGACCAGUUAUUGUGAAUACCCAAUUUAUAAGACUAAACUGCUUGUUUCCACAAAGACGAAACAUCCUGAGCUCCAAAAGCAGUCAUCAUAAAUUAAAGAAGCAAAUGCUGUGAUACUAUACCCUUUCGAAUAAGGAUGCCUUUCAGUUUCAUUGCAGUUGGACUUCAUACUGGAAAAGGUUUAAACUUCAGCUGACAUAAUAUGUAAGGCAUUUAAGGAAUUUUAUACACUUGGUGGAAAAAGAACAUUUCUUGAAAAAUAUACUACCUGUCGCAUCUACUGGAAAAUGAUUUCAGGGAGGAUGAAAAUGAGGAUGAGGAAGAAGAACCGGUCUUCCUUAAGCCUGUUAUUGAGGACCGAAAUAUGGAAUUGGCCCGAAAAUGCAGUGAAAUAAUAAGUGAUAUACACUAUAAAGAAGAGUUUGAAAAAUCUAAGGGCAAAUGCAUAUUUGUACCUGACACCCCACAGUUAAAACAUGUGAAAAGUCUUGGUGCUUUUAUUUCUGAGGUGAAGUACAAAGGAGCUGCUAAGAAAGGCCUUUCCAACACUCUUUAUCAGCAGAUGCCAGCCACAAUCGACAGUGUGUUUGCAAAAGAAUUAACUCAGCUUCAGAGCAAGGUACUGUAUAAACAAAAAUAUGAUGCUGAGAAAGGAACUUCAGAUUACGCACAUAUGAAGGAGCCUCCGGAUAUUAAGCAUGCCAUGGAAGUCAAUAAACACCAGAGUGAUGUGUCAUAUAGGAAGGAUGUGCAAGAUACUCAUAGAUACACUGAAGUGCUGAACAGGCCAGACAUAAAGAUAGCCACCGAGAUAACAAAGAUAAUAAGUGAUGCUGAGUACAAGAAAGGAAGGGGGGAGAUGAAUAAGGAGCAUGCUGUACUUGGAAGACCGGAUUUUGAACAUGCUAAGGGAGUUUCUAAACUUCUAAGCCAAGUGAAAUACAAAGAACAGUUCAAUAAAGAAAUGAAGAGUCACCAGUACAAUCCUCUUGACAGUGCUUCCUUCAAGCAAGCACAGAUUGCAUCCACCUUGGCAAGUGAUGUGAAUUACAAGAAAGAUUUGGAAAGCCUGCAUGAUCCAGCCUCUGAUCUACCAAACCUGCUGUAUUUAAACCAUGCUUUAAAUAUCAGCAAAAUGCAUAGUGAUGUCAAGUACAAAGAGAAUUACGAGAAAUCUAAAGGCAGAUCAAUGCUGGAGUUUGUGGAUACACCCAUGUACCAAGUUUCAAAGGAGGCUCAAAAGAUGCAAAGUGAGAAAAUGUAUCGCAAAGAAUUUGAAGAAAGUCUCAAGGGAAAGCCCUCAAUGGAUUUAGACAAGACCCCAGAGUUCUUGCAUAUAAAACAAGUCACUAACCUUCUGAAGGAGAAAGAGUAUAGAAAAGAUUUGGAAGAAUGGAUGAAAGGAAAAGGAAUGACAGUGUUUGAAGAUACGCCGGAUUUGAUUAGAGUGAAAAACGCAGCUCAGAUACUAAAUGAGAAACAAUAUAAGAAGGACCUGGAAACUGAAAUUAAAGGGAAAGGCAUGCAAGUUGGUCCAGAUACUCCUGAGAUAAGACGAGCCAAGAAAGCUUCUGAAAUUGCAAGCACUAAAGAAUAUAAGAAAGACUUGGAGAAUGAAAUUAAAGGGAAGGGAAUGGAAGUGGGCAUGGAUACUCCUGAUAUACAACGAGCAAAGAAAGCUUCUGAAAUUGUAAGCCAGAAAGAAUAUAAAAAGGAUCUUCAGACUGAAAUUAUAGGAAAAGGAAUGCAAGUUGGUCCGUAUACUCCUGAAAUACAAAGGGUCAAAAGGGCUUCAGAAAUAGCAAGCCAGAAAAUGUACAAAGAUGAAGCAGAGAAGAUGCUCUGUAACUAUUCUGCUGUCCCAGACACUCCAGAGAUGGAGAGGAUAAAAAGUACUCAGAAAAACAUCAGUGCAGUGUUUUAUAAGAAGGAAGUAGGAGCUGGCACAGCUGUAAAAGAGACUCCAGAGAUUGAAAGAGUAAAGAAAAAUCAACAGAAUAUUAGUUCGAUUAAAUACAAAGAAGAAAUUCAGCAUGCAACAGCUAUUUCUGAUCCACCUGAACUAAGAAGAGUCAAGGAAAACCAGAAGAAUAUAAGCAAUGUUCAGUACAAAGAACAGCUCUGCAAGGCUACACCUGUGAGUGUCACUCCAGAGAUCGAAAGAGUCAAGAGGAAUCAAGAGAAUGUCAGCAUGGUUCACUACAGAGAGCAGCCUGGCAAAGCUACUGCUGUGAGUGUCACUCCUGAGAUAGAGAGAGUCAAGAAGAAUCAAGACAAUAUCAGCUCGGUGAAGUACAGCAGUGAUCAGAGGCAGAUGAAAGGUAGACGUAGUGUGAUUCUAGACACACCUGAGCUAAGGCAUGUCAAAGAAACACAAAACAACAUCUCAAUGGUAAAAUAUCAUGAAGAUUUUGAGAAGACAAAAGGCAGAGGCUUCACCCCAGUGGUAGAUGAUCCUGUAACAGAGCGGGUGCGGAAAAACACCCAGGUUGUGAGUGAUGCAGCAUAUAAGGGUGUGCACCCACAUAUAGUUGAAAUGGAUAGAAGACCUGGAAUAAUUGUUGAUCUUAAAGUUUGGCGCACAGAUCCUGGCUCCAUCUUCGACAUUGAUCCUCUGGAGGACAAUAUUCAGUCUAGGAGUCUGCAUAUGCUUUCUGAAAGAGCAAGCCGUUACAGUAAGCAGUACUUGCAUUCUACAAGUUUGGGAGAUUAUAAAUCAGAUGGUUCUGACACGAACCCUACCUUUUCAUACUGCAGUGAGAUAACAAGGCCAUCUGACGAAGGAGCCCCUGUUCUCCCUGGGGCCUAUCAGCAAAGCCAGUCCCAAGGAUAUGGAUACAUGCACCAGACCAGUAUGUCAUCCAUGAGGUCAAUGCAUUCACAGCCUCAUUCAGCAGGCCUGAGAACAUACAGAGCUAUGUAUGACUACAGUGCUCAAGAUGAAGACGAAGUUUCCUUCAGGGAUGGUGACUAUAUCAUCAAUGUGCAACCAAUUGAUGAUGGCUGGAUGUAUGGUACUGUUCAGAGAACUGGGAAAACAGGAAUGCUUCCAGCAAAUUAUAUUGAGUUUGUUAACUAACUUUUGUCUCUAGUUCUUUGAGGUUUAUUAUGAUUUACUCAAAAUCUAACCUUUUAGAAAGUCAGAAGAAUCUUUUAAGACCACAUGCUCAUUACUUUAUCACUGCUAUAACUGUCUGCAUUCUCAUUUAGAGUCUUUUAAAGUAAAGACAAAUAAACAAGAAGCUUAGAGCUUUGAAAACAGCAUUGCUUAUAAUAGUGCUCCCUUUAUAAAAAAAAAAAAAAAAGGAACACAAAACUUAUAUCGAAGCCUGGUGCUGCUAAUCUUAUAAAGAUUUUGGUCAAUUAGCUGUAAAGGGGAAAUAGCUUCUCUCUACAUCUCAGAGGUUAUUUCUCUUUAUAGUAACCAUGAAAUUGAUUCAUUUCUUCUGGCACUCUGAAGUCAAAAGAGGUUAACACACUGAAUUUGAUCACAUCUUCCGAUUAUUAAGGAGAUGUUUAAUGUUUGAGAAGUUAGUGUUCUAAUAAAAGUGUUGGGUAGAAAAUUCAAUCAUUUGAAAUAAUGACAAGUAAUAUAUUUGUAAAACAAACAAACAAAAAAACACUACUGCCCAACAGCCUGACAAUAAGAAAGGUCUGUUUUGACAGCAACACUUUGCCAACUCUUCCUUGCCCACGUUUUUUUCUGGAUUAUCCAUUUUCUUUUAAUCACAACAGUGACCUCUUCUAUCAGCUUUGCUUGCAUCCCAGUCCAUCAGUUAGGUCCAUGCCUGGCUUCAUGGUUCUUCAGUAUCUUUUCCACAGCAAAUUCCUUGCAGAGACUAUCUAGAGUAUAAAAACAGUCAGCUCUUCUGUUUCUUUCUAAAACUACUUAGCAUUUAAGUAGAAGUUUCCACUAGGGAAAUGUAUGACCAAUACUUCAUAUUCCUUUACUUUCCCCUGUACUGCUGUAAAUAGCCUGUGUGAGGCCCCAGUGCUGUGCAGUCACACAAAGUGUGCAGUCACAACCCUCCAUCUUUUCACAAGUAACUCGCUUAAUGGCUGCUUUACUGAUGAGCUAAUGCACCUACCCCUGCUGCAGAAAUAUUUGCACCUCCAUUGAAGGGUGGAGAAGAGCUCUGGUUAUUGUAGUGCAUUUCAGCUCAGUGGCCUAUUGCUUCUGUUUCCUCAAAAAUGUUGGCGAUUCAACAGUGAGUUAUAUGCUUACAAAAUGAUUAAUGAAGGAGAAAUAUAUAUAUUUUUUAACUGAUUUAUUGUUUUUCAUAACUGACACUGAAAGUAAAACUAACCAAACAAAAGUCCAACGUAUUCUCUUCCAUCACGCUUCAGGUUAGCCAUGUGUAGAAAACAGUAACAAUAUUUUGCUGACAAACUUUCACAUGUGCUCUUUGGUGCCCAUGAACUUAUGAUCCGAAGUACAGGAUCCAGGUCUUUGUCAGUGAGGCUGAGAGAAGGAGAUCAAAUAAUUGGUGACCUGUGAGGGACUAGUUGAGCAGGCCUGAGUCACAAGGGAAUUCCUUUAGCUUUAUUGCAAUGCCAGGAGCGUGCCGUGUUCCCUCCCAGGGUGAAACUCUGGGGGGAAGGAAAAGAGAGUAAAAGAUCCAUGUGGGAACUUACUCAUAAGGAUGCAUAUAAGAGUAAGGAAGAAAGUGUGUUUGCUGAUGGUAUAACUUCUGGUGUUCAGCUAUGUGAUAGAGAAUUUAAUUUUGGAAUAGCUGUCAGAAUAUUGAAUCUACACUGGCAUUCUUUUAUGUCUGAAAUUUUAAAAGUAGAACUAAAUGUAGAGAUUAUGGAUAAUUUGAUAUUUUUUUAUUUCACAAAAUAAGGAAGCCUGCAGUAUAGUAUGUCUUUAAACAACAAAGAAGACAAUGUGGCUCUAUCACAUCUGAAAUUUGCAACUGAAAUCUGUCAGUACAAACACUUCCUAGUUCUAUUUCUGAAUAUCGUUAGGAAUUGGAGAGCUUAAUGCAUUUCUUUCCCUGUUCUUAACAAAGGGCAGGUUCCAGGCUGCCAAACAGAGGAUGGAAUGACUGCAUUAAAAAAAAAAAAGUCUGUGGAAUUGUGUUGCUUUCUUGUCUACUGCCUAAUUUCAAGGCUAAAGCUGACCAGGAGCAUCUAACUUCAAAAAAUGUGGUUUACAACCAGGAAUGUGAUUCUGUAAAUGUGCAAUCUGUAUGGGUCACAUUGCUGUCAUUUAAAAUUCUUGAAAAAUGAGGGCUGUAAUAGACCCUUAUGCAUUACUGUUGACUUCCACAUUAAAUUAGCUAGCUCUGCAAGUCAAAUGGCUUUUUCAAAAGGCUGAUAUGGUAGGCUCAGCUAGAAGCUCUCAAAAAAGCAGUCUUCCUCUGCAUUGGUUUUCAUCACCAGCCAUCAACAGCAGAGAGAGGAAUCCCAUUUUAUGGUGGCUGGCAAAUUUUUCUGAUGAUGCCUGAGGCAGAAUUGGAUAUCACUUGCUGCUGUGCUGCUCUAUUAGCUCUGUAAUGCUGACAACAAUAAAAGCUAGUUGUCAGUUUGCUAACAAACUGACUGGAAAAGAAAGUAGGGAAUAAAUAAAUUGCAUGAAGUUGCAAUUUUUAGUGAUUUACAAAAAAAGAAACUCUCAACCUAUAAAUACACCAGUGUUCUUCCUACGUCAGACUUCCAGUCUUGAAUGUAUAGUGAAAAGUAAAUCAGAAAAUGAAUAUUUGAUCUCAAUGGAGGAUUAUGUGGAGCUAAACAAUGGAAAUAAAAUUUCCUUUAUGAAUUUUGAAUAUUCAGUAACCUGGCAAAGCACCUAAAGCAAUUUGCAAAAUAAAAAAGGUCAAGAAAACAAAGCAUAUGAAUUGUAUUUCUGAUGAAAAUGGUAUGUCAGCAGAAUUAUUAGGGUCUGUUUUAAGUUACUCAUUUAUGUAGUCAGGUUUUUUAUGUUGUAUGUGCUUAGUAAUUCUUGCUCUUUUGGCAUGUUUCAUCAUCUUUAAUGUAAAACAGCCUUUAUUUAUUCUCACUGGGAAAAUUUGUUCUAAGCAGUGCUAUCAAAGGCCCAAUAUUACCAGAGUGCAAUUUUCAAAAUGUUUUAUAAAAUCUAAAAUUUGUAAUGUAGGGAGAGUAGGUCAACAACCAAUUCGGACAAGUGCAGGUUUCACAAGGCAUAUGUUGGAGCAUCAGUUGUGUGAAGGGGUGAUGUUGUAUGUUGUAUACAGAUGUUGUAUGCUGUCCUGUCACUUUAAAAAUGUAUAUUCCUUUUUAACACAGCCUUGUUCCCUCACUAUACUUUAUUCCUGUAAACAUUUUUUUUUUUUUUUCCCCUGGGGAAAGGAACAGACUUUGAAGGAGACAAAUUUCCCAAGAUGUUCCAAAGUUCAGGCUGGAAGUUCACACAUUCCCAUGUUAAGCAUUUUAGAAACAAAGAAAUUAUGAUGUGCUAUUGUUCUUACAUAUAUUUAAAUAUAAGUAUAGAAAACUACAUAGAGCAUAUUCAUACAUAUACACAAGAACAAAUGGGUGCCUUGCUUUUCAUUACUCUUUCUUGCCUGGCUAAUCUUCAUUUUCUAAACAAAGCUACUUACAGAUACUGCAGUUUGUAAUUUUUCAUUAUGGAACAUUAGCAUUUAAUCUUGAUGAAACAGGGUUUUCUUGAUUACAUUUGACAUACCAUAAACCACUUCAGCAGAUUGGGAUUUGACAGAGAAUCACCUCCCAUGGAUUGUAUUUGUGACAAAUGUGUCCCUACUGAGUGUUCCUCGGGGAUAUGAAAGGUCUCCAAUACUUGGGAAAGGUAAUAAUUUUAGUUUUUAUUGUACAGUGAUGGCAUGUCAUCUUGUACAAUGAAAAAGAAAUGACAAAUAUGGAAGUCUUUGGCAGAAAGUGGUACAGGGUAUAAAAUGUUAGAUUUUAAUUAUGUUGAUUAAUACUCCAUUUAAAAUACAGAAUAAGCUUUAGUUAGUAAAUGUUUAAAUAAUAUACUGCAACAGACAAAAGAUGCUGUUGAAAGAUCUCCAAACUGAUGUGCUGGCAAAUGCAAAGUACUGGUGAGCUGUAGAAGAACAAACCAUUUUGCAGUGCUUUAGUGAUUUUCUCCAGCUUUAUGCCAUAGGAACCCCUUCAUUCCUUUUGAAGGAAAACCUGAAAGCUAUAUUUCCUAAACUGCCUGCACUACAACAGUAUAUUCAAAGAAAUUUCAUAUGCUUCUUGUGUCUGAUAAAUAGAAUUUGCAUAUUGUACUUAAGUUGUAAUCCAGUUGUUGUUGACAUUUGUUUAAUUAUUAUUAUUUUAGGGGGGAAAAUAAGCUAUACUGUAGCAUUUCAAUCAUGUGUAUUUAAUAGUACUAUUAGAAAUUGCUAGACCAUUGGAAGACAGCAAUGACUGUGUUGACAUUGAUUAGCAUGAUGUGGAAAACCUCUCAGCUGUUGGUUUUUGCAGUGUGACAUAAAAAGCAAAAAUGAACCGCUGUGCAGUUUGGCUUAUGUUUGCUUUCAAGUGUGUAAAGUUUUAGUUAUUUUGUAAAACUGUAUUGUAUUUGGGAGUAUACAGUUCUGAAGGUAACAAUUGUUUUUCAAAGGACAGAUAUACUUACUCUUGGAUCAUAUGAUGUAUCAUCUUAAUUUGGCUUUUGUUAUGCAGAAAGUUAACACCAGCUAUUAAAAUAUAUUUUAGUAGAAAUGCUUUAAUUCCUGUUUCUUCCUCUACACUGUGAAUAUUUAAGCCUUGGUGGACUAGAGCAACAUCAUGCUGCCCAAAGUACUAACCUAUGCAAACUAGUUCACAUUUUAGUUGAUGUCACAGUGGAUGUAACAUAAAAAUUUAUUUUGCGUAACAUUGAACGUCAUUCAAAUAAAAUAUUAAACCCA